AUGGUGGAUGCAUGUUUGCAAAGUCACUUGACUGGGGAUAAGCAGGAACAAGCACUAUGGCACUUGGUGAGGACAGCUGAGAUUCUGUCCAAGUUGAUGGCUGCAAACAUCUCGGUGAAAGCUUUGGGCUCUGACUGGCCAGAUGACGCAGGCGUGAUCGAAGCAGCAAUGGUGGCUGGCCGGGAUGCCGCAGAAGCCUUGGUCAGGAGACAGUUUGAGGCUGAGGCGGAGAGGCUCCUGGGAGCCGCCAAUUUGACCCAAGAAGCAAUUGGUCAUUUCACUGAGAAGAUAGCAAAGAUGGCUGAGAUGUGUGGAGAUCCGUCCGAAGCCCAUACCCUGGCAGAAGAUGAAGCAUCCAUCAUGUCGGGGAAUAUGACCAUGGAGGAAGCUCGGGUUGCAAAGGACCUGGCGGACUAUGUGGAAGGCCUUUGCCAGUCCGAUGUCUUGGAUUUGGACUUCUUUGUCGGGCAGCUUGCAGAUGAGUCGCCGGAGUGCAAUUCUCUGGUGGCUGAUUCGCAGUUGCUGCAAAUGAAGAAGCACCUCUCCGUGUUAGAUUUCUAUGCCAAGAGUGCCCUCGUCCUGCAUGAUGAACAGAACAAGUUGGGGCAUCACUUUGCCCAGAGGCUACACAGGCACCAGAGGGAAGAAACCCUGGAAGUGGAGCCCUUGCUGCUGCAAGCCACGCUGAAGCAUGGUUCCAGUAAACCGAGGAUGACGCGGCUCUUCUAUCUGGACCGCCUGUACUACGACAAGGUUCAUGGCUUCACCAAGGACCAGUAUUGCGACUCCAACUUCCUCUUGCGGAAGGAACGGCCAGGGCAUUGGAUCAGCCGAAGUCAAGAAAUCCAGGCCUAUGUCAAUUGCCUGUGUGUGGACAAGCUGCCAUCGCUAUGGUGCGAUGCCCAUCACUCCGAGCCUUUGGCCCUCCUGCAACCGAAGCUCGUGCAAGAACUGCAGGAGGAGAAUCGUAAAUUGAGCUCGCUGCUGCAAAGUGGAAGCCCUGUCGGUCUUGGGCCAUGCCAGGAUGCUGAUGGGAAGCCGGCUCCUUUUGAUUGCUCCUUUUGCGUCAAUGGCAACAAUUGCAUCAGCACCAGCGGCUCCUACAGCCUUGAUGUGUUUGGAAGCAUCAAGGAGCUCAUGGGCACUUCGGCAAGCUGUGUGAAGGGCUAUUGCACUCCUUGCCAGGGUGUCAAGCCAGGAGACCCGUUUCAGUUCAAGUUGGAUAUCGGAGUGGAAGUCUCAUCGUGCGGCAGCACUGCAGACUUCUUGGCCACGUACCACUACUUUGCGGAGCUCAAGCUGUGCAUUGGGGGUAUCUUGGGGGAAGCUGCUGAUAAGAUCGGCUGGAGUCUGUGCCAGAGUAUUGGAAGAAUUUCCUAUCAUCCAUUCAUCAGCAAGUUCCACUUCUCUAUGAGCCUGCCGAUCCCGCUUCCCGCGCCGCUGGGAGUCCGGGCAAGCCUUGCUGUGAACUUGAACUUGGGAGAUAUCUCCCGGGCCUGUGACAACCAUUGUGCCACCUUUGGUCCUUCUGAGCAUUUCCGUUGCUUGCAGGAGUUUUACGCUGCCAGAGGAGUCACUGGUGUGGAUUUCAAAGUGGAGGUCCUGCUCGGUGUCAGCAUCCCAUUUGUGGGCACGGUCGGCAAGUGGUUCAAGGUGCUUGGCUUCAACUUCGCAGAAGACGACAACAGCCGCGAGAUUGCCAAAAACAAGGCUGGAGUCACCAUUGAGUACAUCGGUCCGUCGCCCUGGAAAUCCAUCUGUGGCCGUACCUAUUCGGGUGUGAACUGCGAGCCUCAUGCUGGAGAUCAGAACAAUCGCGCCAACGAGGACUGCAGGAACUGCGGAGACGACUUCAGCAUCUGGCGCCCUGACGGCAGCAACCCCAGGUCUCUCUGCAUCAGGCGCGAUGAUUACAAUGGUGGCUGGGGUAUGAACUUGGAAAUUGCUUGCCCGGUGGACAACAGCAAUUUGAAGGUCAUAGUCCCAAUCGGUUCCAGCUCCGUGAACACGAAGUGUGCGAUGCCAGAUGAGCCGGUGCGAUGUCGAUCGGAUGGAGGUAAUCAGGGCGUCCGUUUGGGCUUCGACACGCAUUCGGAUUCCUAUUCCGUGUACCAGGAUGGGCACCGAUGGUGUGCGCGCAGGACGGAUCAUGGUGGUGGCUGGGGACUCAACCUUCAGCUCGAAUGCGAUCCAACCGGUGGCUCCUUCAACUUCCAAGUGCGCAACAUUCACAUGGGCAGCAGUCACGCGAACUUGAAAUGCCUGCUGGUUACCCAUGAGAUGCGCUGUGAUGCGCACACAGCUGAUUCAGCGUACCGCACCAACGACGAUUGUAGAAAUUGUGGUGAUAGUUUUUAUGUCACUGUCGACAAUCCAUGGGGCUACGUUUGUGCACGGAGGACGGAUUACCAUGGAGGCUGGGGCUUGAACCUCUGGUUCAAUUGCAACGGUUUGCAAGACAACGUUAGAAUCAGGCGAGAUGUGCACAUUGGCUCCAGCCAUUCAAACACGAAGUGUGUUUGGGGUGGCUCCUCAAACAUCAUUUGCGCGUCAUACGCUGGAAAUUCUGGCUACCGUCGCAACAACGACGCGCAUGGUGAUAGUUUUGAAAUCACAACCAAUGGUGGGAACGUUUGUGCCCGGCGGACAGAUUACCAUGCGGGAUGGGGUCUGGAUCUGCAGAUUUCCUGUAUUGAUGGCUGA